AUGUCCGGGCUGAGCAUCCUAGGCCUUGCAGCUGCCAUGGUCCUCGCCGCCUACCUCUUCGAUAUUUGCGCUACGCCACCGAAUCCAUCACCUCCUCCACAGCAGGACCGGCCUAGCACAGACCGUAUAGCAAUUCUGAUCUGGUCUCGCAGUCAUUCAGCAUGGGUGGGACAUAUCGCUAAUGCUUUCAUAUUAUACCAUGCCCUCGUCACUGCGCUUCUCGUCAUCGCACCUGAGGGAGUGUCCCAGGUCUGCCCGAACGCUGCAAAUCGGAAUAAGCCACUAUUCCAAUGGAGCGCUCCGAGUACCAUCGGCCUUUCAUUGAUUUAUUUGGGAUUGGUUACUCGGAUAUUGGCGUACGGAGGACUGGGUCGGUCUUUUACUUUUCAUCUUGCGCCGCCGGAUCACCUUAUCACGUCUGGAAUCUACAAAUGGAUACAGCAUGCUAGCUACACUGGGCUAUUUUUAAUUUUGGCCGGGGCUCACUUACUGUCUGGGCGUUGA